AUGAAUCAUCCGAUGACCAACAGCGACUUGUGCACACGUAGACGCUGGAGGUUCAAAAUCGCUCUGAACGGUCUUCAUCUGAGAAGAGCGGAAUUAGCUCGAGACUGUGUCCAGUUUAAUACCAAGGAUGCCAAGAUGUCGGAGUCUACGCUAACGUCUGAUGAGGUGCAAGCGUUUUCUAAUUUUGUGCCCCGGGUGCGUUCGACUUCUACAAUGUUUGUUAUGGAAGAAAAUUGGAUGGCUUCUCUCUACUUCUGUUCAGCAAACUCAGGGUGCUGUUUUAUUUCUUUAUUUACGUACUAG